AUGAUACAUCCAGUUAGCUACAUCUGCGGAGAUUGUGGAAUGGAGAAUACGCUGAAACCAGGCGAUGUUAUACAGUGCAGAGAGUGCGGUUACCGUAUCCUUUACAAGAAGCGCACUCGUCGCAUUGUCCAGUAUGAGGCACAUUGACGAAAACUGCUGUGGCGUUGGCAAGUAUUUUCCAAUGCAACCGUUAUAGAGUUGUAAUGAAAUUGUGAUGUGAAUGUGCUGUUCUGUUUUACCGAAGUCUUGUGAAAUAUAACCAUCAAUGAUCCUUCGAGUUUUGAACUAUUAAAAUAAUUCUUACUUUUUAAAGCAAAUGGAUCACCUACUA